AUGCCGUGGCCACCUCUUCAAGAACGUCUGUUCAAUCUCAUCGAACCUGGAUUCUUAUUAUAUGCCAGUGCCCUGUCCUUCAUCACGACUGCCUUUCAGUUCUAUAUUCUCCAGUUCAACCUGCCCUCGUCUUCCAAUCUCAAGAAAGUGCGCGACGACGCUUUCUCAAAGUUCUGGACAAAAGCUACUGCACCCGCCGACCCGCCUCUCCCUCCUAAGGGCUCUGCCCUCCUAGUUCCACCCCUGUUGUCCCGUGCUCAUGGGGUGGUUCUGGACAUUGGGCCCGGAUCAGGGUCUUACGUGUCGUUGUUCUCCGACAACCCCAAUAUUAGCGCCAUAUACGGUGCUGAGCCAACGACCGGUCUUCACGCCCCCCUGCAGCUUCGGAUUAACGAAGCCAAACUUACUGGCAAAUACCAUAUCCUCGGCAGUACUGCUGAUAAGGCAGAGUUGCUGGCCGCUCUAGCCAAGGAAGGUGUCAAACCAUCCCCCAAUGGCAUCUUCGACACCAUCGUAUGUGUCAGAGUCCUUUGCUCGGUACCCAACCUAGAACAAACUGCCAACGAACUGUAUUCCCUCUUGCGACCGGGUGGAGAAUUGAUGAUCGUCGAGCACUUCCGUAAUCCGUGGACCAAAAACGGCAGCAUUCUGGGCCGCCUGAUGCAACUCGUCUACCACCUGCUCGGCUGGCAAUUUUUCCUGGCUGGCUGCAAUAUGGACCGCGACACGCCUGCCGUGUUGAGGAAAGCGGCUCCUUGGGAAGCCGUCGAGUUGAAGACGAACUUUGAAUGGAGUGCAUUGCCCUAUGUCGCGGGGACAUUGACGAAAAAACGUUAG